AUGGUUUUAAAAAAAAAUUUAGAAAAAUCCCUAAAUGACUUAGAAAUGAGAAUUAAGGAGUUAGAACAAAGUAACGAAGCGUUACGUUCACAAUUUAAAAAUUUAGAAGAAAAGGUUAGAGAAGAAACCAAAGCUAACCAAGUAAUCAUUAAUAACUAUGAAGAAAAGUUUAGAGAACGAGAAGAAACUGGCCACAAUUCCAAAUCUUUACGUCUUCACGACCACAUCUUACAGGGACCUUUAACUACUAAUCCUAUAUGA